UAUUGUAUAGGGUAACACAGCUAAGGCGGGGCAUGAUUGUAAAAGUUGAAUUAUUUUUUUACGGUUUACCGUUUGGUUUUGGUUUCACCUUAGUAAUUUAGGAAUAAAUUGAAUUAAAACGGUUGAAAUUAAAACCUAUAAAUGACAAUUAAUCAAAAGUGUUGAGUGUUCUUGUAAAACUCAGUGUAAUGGUUGGAUAGCUUUGUUAUUUACAGAAACAAAACAUGAAACAAAGUUUGCUUUUACUGACUUUGAUCAGAUAUGUGACUUGUCAAGUUGGAGACUCGUCGAUUCCUUUUAAUCCAAACUAUCAAAAACCAUACCAAUCGGAAAAUAACACUUCUUACCGUCCCUUACCUCAGGUACCUUACGGAAGUUUUCCUGUUAAUCAAAAUGAACAUACAUAUCAAAGUUCUUUCUAUCAAGACAGUGGGAACUCGGAUACUUAUGGAGACGGUGACAAUGAAGUAGAUCCGCAAAAUACUGCUUCUUAUUACGCAGGUUUGGAUUAUGAAGAACGUUACAAAUGCCCGCCGAAUUGGAUUCGUUUUCGAGAGUCGUGUUACAGGUUUACGAAAUCUCCAAAUAGACCGCGUAAUGAAGCGCGUAAAAUAUGUCAAGCGUACGAGUCAGAUCUAGUAUCAGUUAACAGUCCCGAAGAGCAUGGUUUUAUUAUCACAACAUUAAUGCGUAUAGAUCCGCAAAAAGGGUCGUGGUAUGUGGGUGCUCACCAACAAUCACCUGGCUAUUGGGCUAAUGAUGGAGAUGGUUCACAGUUAUCUGGACUCGAUAAUGCAUUCUUUGAUGAUCGUAAGUUGACAUAUAACAGUUAUAACUUACUGCCCCGCGACUAUCUAGUAUAUAGAUUUUCAACAGAAGAUGGUCGAUGGGGUCUAGCUCCUGUUGAGGGUACUCAAUAUUUUCAUUUCAUUUGUGAAGGUCAAACCCAAAGAUUGCAUUACCUCAUUGAAGAAACAAGAUCUUUUACAUAUGGUCUGGAUACCUUUGAUCCUGAACGGAUUCCCAGAGGACCAUACUUUAUAAAAGAACCUGUAGACACUAUUUAUGAUCCACUACGAAAUCAUCAUGUGCAACUGACAUGUAUUGCUGGUGGUUAUCCAGCACCCACAUACCAGUGGUUUAGGGAAGACUAUCAAGUAGAUAGCCCUGUCUAUACUCCAAUAGAUCCCCUUGCAGACUCAAGAUUUAUACUAAGCGGGGGAACACUGAUGAUAUAUAAUCCUGAUGCAGAUAAAGACAAUGCUAAAUAUCACUGUAUCGCAUCAAAUAAUUUUGGUACAAUAAGAUCUGAAUCCGUAAGACUUUCAUUUGGUUUUAUUAGAGAGUUCAAUCAAAAAAGGCCCGUGGAAAGUGGGAAGCAAUAUUGGGGUAAAGUUAUGUACUGUGAUCCACCUUCAUACUAUCCCUCUGUUAAUUUCCUAUGGGCUCGUAACUAUUUUCCUAAUCUUGUAGAAGAAGACAGAAGAGUGUUUGUUUCUUAUGAUGGUGGGUUGUACUUCUCUGCGUUAGAAACAAUUGAUAGAGGAAAUUACAGUUGCAAUGUAAUGAGCAAAGUAUCAGAUGCUGGAAGGAAUGGACCAUUCUUUCAACUUCUUGUAUAUCCGCAUUCUGAUUAUCAACAAUUGAAAUUUCCUAACAAUUUUCCCAAGGUUUUCCCAGAAGCUCCUGUUGUGGGUCAAGAAGUAAGAUUAGAAUGUGUAUCUUUUGGAUAUCCAGUACCAUCCUACAAUUGGACUAGAAAAAAUGGGAACAUGCCUAAAAAAGCAUAUUUGAGUAAUUUUGACAGAGUUUUAACUAUUCCUCAUGUAGGAGUGGAAGAUGAAGGUGAAUAUAUUUGUGAUGUGCGCAAUGACAGAGCACAUAUAUUAAACAGUGUAUUCUUAAAGGUACAAGCUGAACCAAAUUUCACAAUACCUCUUGCUGAUAAGCAUAUGGAUAAUAAAGGUGAUUUACAUUGGAAUUGUGAAGCAUUUGGGAUUCCAGAUGUUAAUUAUACUUGGUGGAAAAAUGGACAAAAACUCUCAAUGGACAAUUUAGAUGUAGAGGAUCGGGAUAGGUAUGUGAUACAAGAUAAUGUCUUAAUAAUAAAAUAUUUGGAUCCAACAAGAGAUCCAGGCAUGUACCAGUGCGAGGCGAAGAAUCAGCUAACUGCUAGAUAUUCUUCUGGACAGUUAAGAGUACUAUCUUUGAAACCAUCCUUCAAAAAACAUCCAUUAGAGCCAGAAACUUAUGGUUCAGAAGGUGGCAAUGUUACUCUUAAAUGUAAUCCGGAAGCUGCACCUAAGCCAACAUUUACUUGGAAAAAGGAUAAUAUUGUGAUAGGAGCUGGUGGGAAAAGAUUCAUUACUGAAACUGGAAAUCUAAUCAUUCGGCAAAUUUCCCGAGAUGAUGAAGGGGUGUAUACAUGUGUUGCAAAAAAUCAAUACGGAACCGACGAAAGCAGAGGCCGGCUUAUUGUUUUGAGAGCACCGCGUUUCAUCGAAAGGUUGCCACCGCGAAUAACAACACAAGUUGGCCAAAUUGUAUUUUUGCAUUGCAGUGCUGAAAUUGACCCUAUAUUGGAUACUGCAUAUCUUUGGAACCAUAAUGGAAUACGCAUGAAGGAGGCAUCUGAUUUUUUUGCUGAUAAAAGAAUCAAAAUAGAUGGUGGGGAAAUCACCAUUUACGACGUCAGUCUUUCUGACGUUGGUGAAUAUGAAUGUAUAGUAAAAUCCGCCAUUGGACGCAUUUCUUCUCGUACACAAUUACGCAUUGAAGGCCCUCCUGGUCCUGCUGGUGGCUUACAAGUUUUGAAUAUACAAAGAUCUUCACUUACACUUGAAUGGACCGAUAGCAAUCCCAACGGGCGGCCUAUCACUAGUUACGUCAUUACGGGACGUACCCAAUGGAAUUCCUCAUGGUAUGUUAUUAAUGAUAAUGUUGUGAAUGUAAUGGAAAUCGAUAGAUAUAAUGGCCGUAAACGCGCAGUCAUUUCCACGACACUGAUGCCUUGGUCUGUAUAUGAGUUUAGGGUGCAAGCAGUGAAUAGCUUAGGUAUUGGUGAACCUUCUUCCCCAAGUCCACAAUUCUCAACCCAAGCUGAUAAACCUGAUCGUGCUCCAAGUAACGUUGGAGGUGGUGGCGGAAAAAUCGGUGAUCUUACAAUAACAUGGACACCUCUGCAUCCAUCUCAACAAAAUGGACCUGGUAUCCACUACAAAAUAUUCUGGCGCCGAAAUGGAUCUGAGGUAGAAUUUCAAUCACUUUUGCUCAAAGAUUAUGGCAAUAUAGGCAUGCAUGUCGUACAUGUAGCAAUUGAUUAUUUCUUUACGCCUUACAAUGUAAAGGUGCAGGCAUUUAACGAUAUGGGUGCAGGACCAGAGAGCGAGGUUGUCACAAUAUACUCUGCUGAAGAUAUGCCACAAGUUGCGCCGCAGCAAGUAUCUUCGAGAUCGUUUAACUCGACUGCUCUGAAUGUCACUUGGAAUCCUAUUGACCAGUCUCGAGACAGACUGCGAGGAAAAUUGAUUGGGCAUCGACUCAAAUAUUGGAAGAAAGCAAAUAAGGAAGAGGAGUGUAUUUACUAUUUGUCUAGAACUACUCGUAACUGGGCCUUAAUUGUGGGCCUUCAACCUGAUACUUAUUACUAUGUAAAGGUAAUGGCAUUUAACUCGGCUGGAGAAGGUCCAGAGAGUGAGAAAUUCUUGGAACGUACGUACCGUAAGGCGCCACAAAAACCGCCAGCAUCAGUGAAUGUUUGGGCUGUGAACCCCAGUACUGUGCGUGUUGUAUGGAGAUAUGUGCAACCUACUUCAGAGGAAGAACCUCUUCUUGGAUAUAAGGUACGAGUGUGGGAAAUAGAUCAGGAUAUGAGUGCGGCAAACGAUACAUUAGUUCCAGUGGAUCAUAAGCUCGAAGCAUAUGUCACGCACCUCACGCCAGGCAAGACUUAUAAUCUGCGAGUGUUGGCCUAUUCUAAUGGUGGAGAUGGCAGAAUGUCCUCCCCAGCUAUUACUUUCCAAAUGGGAGACUAUCAUAGCGACUCUUACGGCUACUAUGUUAAGUCAGGUGCCACCUCAAACAUACUCUCUAAAACUAUUUUAGUGAUUAAUUUUAUCUGUCUACUUCAAAGUAUUGUGAUUUUAAGAUUUUUGUAGGUUAGUGACAUUAGACUAAAUCCAGCUUAUUUUUAUUAUACUUUUACACUUGUAAUGCUAACUUCGCAUUUAUUUUUGUUGCUAGGUGAUAAAUAUCCGGCCAUUUUCAUUUUUUCUAUUGUUUUGCUUUACAUCAAAUAUUUUUACAAGGUAUUUAUAGUGUAUUAACUUAUUACUUUUAUUUUUUUCGUAUCGACAAUAACUAAUGAGAUGUUAAAACAAGUAUUUACUCGUAGAUGUUUGUCUGUAAGAAUCUUAUCACGGGACGAAUCUCAUAGUUGUAUAAAUAAUUAAUUAGUAUAUAAUAAUUACAAUGUGAAUCCGAGCCAUUUUUCUUUAAGAGUAGUUAUGUGUAUAUAUAGGUAACACUUCGUAUAUGUAGUACAAAAAACAUUUUCAAUAAUGAAAUACAUUUUAACAGGCAAUUAUUGUACCUUCUCAUAUUUUAUUUGCUAUUUUUUAUGCAAUAAUUUUAGUUUGUUGUGUUAUAAAGGUUUACAGAUUUACGAUCUAUCGGUCCAAUUGUCAUCAUCUCUAUAAGACUGUUAGUAUUCUCUUUUUAUAUAUUUUUUUAAAGGUUCAUUAAUAAAUGUCCUCGUCAAUAUAUUUGCAAACGAAAUUGUUGUAAAAGCAUUUCAUAUCAAUUUUAAGGCUUAAAUCAAUCUGAAGUGUAUCUAUAAUAAAUUGCCUUAUUAUUGUUAUAAUGUAAAAUCUUUUAUUUUUAAUAAAGUUUUUAAAUACA